CAAAGCCCAUAAUUCCAUCUCGCUCUCUCCAUCCUUCCUUAAUCCGUUAAUCUUGCUUAAAUUACCUUUCUCAAACCUCAAUUAAAAAAGGUUAAUAAUAUUAAUUAUUAUUAUUAUUAUUAGAAGCAGCGAAAGAAGAAAACCCGGAUAAGAGAGAGCCGUAUCAAAUGGGAGCAUAUAGAGCAGACGAUGAUUACGAUUACUUGUUCAAGGUCGUCUUGAUUGGAGAUUCUGGCGUUGGCAAAUCCAAUCUAUUGUCUCGUUUUACCAGAAAUGAAUUCAGCCUUGAAUCCAAAUCCACCAUCGGCGUCGAGUUCGCCACCCGCAGCAUUCACGUCGAUGAUAAGGUCGUCAAGGCUCAGAUUUGGGAUACCGCCGGCCAAGAAAGAUAUCGAGCCAUCACAAGUGCAUACUACAGAGGUGCCGUUGGAGCUUUACUAGUAUACGAUGUCACUCGCCAUGUCACAUUUGAAAAUGUGCAGAGAUGGCUAAAGGAGCUCAGAGAUCACACUGAUGCCAACAUUGUGAUCAUGCUGGUAGGAAAUAAGGCAGACCUGCGUCACCUGCGAGCUGUUGCCGCUGAUGAUGCCAAGGGAUUCGCUGAACGAGAGAAUACCUUUUUCAUGGAGACAUCUGCUCUGGAAUCUUUGAACGUGGAGAAUGCAUUCACGGAGGUACUGACCCAGAUCUACCGAGUCGUUAGCAGGAAGGCUCUUGACAUCGGAGAUGACCCAGCAGCUUUGCCCAGAGGACAGACGAUCAAUGUUGGAUCCAAAGAUGAUGUCUCAGCUGUUAAAAAGGCUGGAUGUUGCUCAUCUUAAGCUUGGAAAAUUUGCCUCAGAAAAAUCUCAUCUUCGAGGAUUUUGGGGAGCUUAGAUAAGGUCUAAAGGUUAUCAAACUCUGAUUCUUCGCCCUGUUCAUAUCAUAGAGAUUUGUCUGACAAAAUGACAAAUGCCAUCUCAACUUGUUAACUCUCUGAACCUUGUGUUCUAAAAGCCAAAAAGGAUCUGUAUGCCAAAGGUUUAGGAACUUAGAAAACGAAAUUGUGGUUUUAUUUUAAGUUGUGAAGUACUUGUUUUUCCCCAUUGUAUUACCUUGAUUAAUCAAUUACUGCAGUUUUAUGUAAA